GGCGGCGGCCAUGGUUAUUGUGACGCGCAAAAAGCCGGGAGUGGCCGCCGCUUUCUGCAUCUGAACCUGCGCGUCGAGGCCGGCGGCAACCGGGAUGGAGGGUGGCGGCGUCCCGCGAGGCACCGGCUGCUGAUCAGGGCUCUCUGCCUGUGGUGAGGGAGCGGCGCGGCCCGGGGUGCCGCAGCGCCGAGUCACGGCGGGUUCUGAUCUGCCUUUUUAAGUGAGCUGCGCUGUGCAGCUGUGGUGAACACUCAAUAAUGAGUGGGGUAGCGUUGGGCCUUGAGAUAGUAUUUGUCUUCUUUCUGGCCUUAUUCCUGCUUCAUCGGUACGGAGACUUCAAGAAGCAGCAUAAGCUGGUGAUCAUAGCAACGUUAUUGGCUUGGUAUCUCUGCUUUCUUAUUGUAUUUAUACUGCCUCUGGAUGUCAGUACGACUAUUUAUAAUCGGUGCAAACUUGCUGUUAAUUCCAGCCCUGCAGAAAGUAAUGGCUCUUAUGUUUCUCUUGCUCCAAGCAAGCAAAAAUGCUUCAAACCCUGGAGUUACAUUCCUAAUGGAAUUAUGCCAGUUUUCUGGCGUGUUGUGUAUUGGACAUCACAGUUUUUAACAUGGAUUCUGCUACCUUUCAUGCAGUCAUAUGCUAGAUCAGGAGGGUUCUCCAUUACUGGAAAGAUUAAAACUGCAUUGAUUGAGAAUGCAAUCUAUUAUGGCACUUACUUACUGAUUUUUGGAGCAUUUUUAAUAUAUGUGGCUGUAAACCCAAACUUCAAUUUACAAUGGAGCCAACUUCAGACUAUUGGGAUAGCAGCUGCAAACACAUGGGGUCUCUUUCUUCUUGUGUUGCUUUUGGGUUACGGUUUGGUGGAAAUUCCCCGUUCUCACUGGAAUGGGGCCAAGAGAGGUUAUCUGCUCAUGAAGACCUAUUUCAAAGCUGCUAAACUGAUGACUGAAAAAGCAGAUGCAGAGGAGAAUUUAGAAGAUAUUAUGGAGGAAGUUCGUAAAGUAAGUGAGAGUAUCAAGUAUAACCACCCUUUGAGAAAAUGUGUUGAUACAAUACUGAAAAAGUGUCCUACUGAGUACCAGGAAAGAAUGGGUAGGAAUAUGGAUGAUUAUGAAGAUUUUGAUGAAAGACAGAACAGUUAUCCAACUGAAAAAAGUUUGGUCAAACUUCACAAGCAGGUAAUCUAUUCAGUACAGAGACAUCGUCGUACACAAGUCCAGUGGCAAAUUCUUUUAGAACAAGCGUUUUACCUAGAAGAUGUGGCAAAAAAUGAAACCAGUGCAACUCGACAGUUUGUUCAUACCUUUCAUUCCCAGGAACCAGAGAACAAAAUCAUUCAGUAUUUCUACACACCAACUGUUGAGUGGUACUGGGAAUGCCUUCUACGACCAUGGUUUUAUAGGGUGCUUGCUGUUGUUCUGGCCACAUUCUCUGUCGUUGUUGUGUGGUCAGAGUGCACCUUUUUCAGCACAAAACCAGUUUUAUCACUGUUUGCAGUUUUCAUACAGCUGGCAGAAAAGACAUAUAAUUAUAUAUACAUAGAGAUGGCCUGUUUUCUUACCAUCUUUUUCUUAAGUAUCUGUGUUUACUCUACUGUCUUCAGGAUCCGUGUAUUUAACUAUUACUACUUAUCUUCACAUCAUCAGACAGAUGCGUACAGUCUCCUUUUCAGUGGCAUGUUAUUUUGCCGUCUUACUCCACCAUUAUGCUUGAACUUUUUGGGCUUGACCCACAUGGAUGCAAUAAUCUCUCACAAAAAUACUCAGCCAACUGCUUAUACAUCUAUAAUGGGAUCCAUGAGAGUACUAUCCUUCAUUGCAGAUGGAUUUUAUAUAUAUUACCCAAUGCUUGUUGUCAUUCUCUGUAUUGCCACAUACUUCAGUUUAGGAACUCGUUGUUUGAAUCUUUUGGGAUUUCAGCAGUUCAUGGGGGAUAAUGAAAUGACCUCUGAUUUGAUUGAUGAAGGGAAAGAGCUAAUCAGAAGAGAGAAAAGAAAACGUCAAAGGCAGGAAGAAGGUGAAAACAGAAGAAGGGAGUGGAAAGAGCGAUAUGGAAAUAGAGAUGAUUCCACUAGAAACAGAGUUGUCCACACAGACCAAAAAGAAUCCAGUUUCUCAGAGGCCAAUGCCAAUAGACCUCUGUCAAAGUAUACCCGAUCAAAUGGCAGGACUGAAAGAGAUAGAAUAGAACUUCUUCAGGAUGCAGAACCUUUGGAUUUUAAUGCAGAUUCAAUUAAUGAUGACCCUCUUGAAUCGGACUCUGGAAGGUACCAGCCUGGUGGAAGAUACCUGUCGAUGUCUCGGAGCAAAAUAUUUGAUGAUGUCUAAACUCCUCAAAGCUAAAGGAAAAUUCAGUGGAAAUCUAUUCCCGCUCAUUGCUUGGAAAAUACUGUAUUUAUGAUAUAUCACUGAACCAGAGAAGAUAAUAUUUCUUUAGAAUAUGAAUAUGAAGGAACAACUAUUUUGGAAAUGCACCUGUAUAUGACAAGAAUAUGCUUCUUCUAUUGUAGAUAUUGUUGUCCAUCAGUGUGGGUUUUUGUGUCAUGACCAAAAGGAGAAAAAAUUAAUAGAGUGUAAACUUCAUAAAUAUACCUGGGGCUCAACUUGCUGUAACAUUUUAAGUUUUAGGAAAAGGAUUUUUCAGAAGGAAUCUUUUUGUAUUUUAACAGGUGCUGUGAGAGCAUUUUAAUGCAUCCAAAGUGCAGUUUUGUCAAUUACUAUAAUAAACACUUUCUGUAUUUUUUCUAUUAUAACUUAAUGCCUAGUCCAAAAUCUACUGAAUGAAAUUAAGGCUUCUUUGGGUUUCAGUGGUCUUUGAAUAAUAGAAUCAUAGAAUCAACUAGGUUGGAAAAGACCUUUUAAGAUCAUCAAGUCCAACCAUUACCCAGGACCGCCAAGACCGCCACUAUACUGUGUCACUGAGGCCCUCAUCUACAUGGUUUUUGAACACUUCAGCUUUCCUGGGCAGCCUGUUCCGAUGGCUGAUUACCCACACUGUGAAGAAUUUUUUCCCAAUAUCCAAUCUAAACCUCCCCUGGUGCAGCUUGAGACCAUUUCCUCUUGUCCUACCACUUGUUACUUGGGAGAAGAGACUGACCUCCACCUCACUACAACCUCCUUUCAGGUAGCUGUAGAGAGGGAUAAGAUUGCCCCUGAGCCUUCUCUUCUCCAGACUAAACCCUCGCAGUUCCCUCAGCUGUUCCUCAUCAGACUUGUGCUCCGGACCCUUCACCAGCUCCGUUGCCUUUCUCUGGACCCACUCCACCCCCUCAAUGUUGCUCUUGUAGUAAGAGCCCCAGAACUGAACACAGGAUUUGAGGUACAGCCCCAUCAGUGCUGAGUUCAGGGAUAUGAUUGCUGCCCUGAUCCUGCUGGCCACACUGUUGCUGGUACAGACCAGGAUGAUGUUGGCCUUCUUGGCUGCCUGGGCACAAGCUGGCUCAUGUUCAGCCGGCCAUCAGUCAGCACCCCCAGGUCAUGUAUCAGACCGUGUUUAAGCAGAAAGAUUGAAUGGCAGGCUGUCUUCACAAAGUCAUAAACUACAUGUUCCAGUAUUUAAAGGGUGGCUGCAAAGAAGAAGGGGAUUCCCUUUCUACAUGGAGUCACAUGGAAAAGAUGAAGGUUAUUGGGCACAGGUUGGGGAGAAAAAAAAAAUUUCGCAGUGAGAACAGUCGUUAGAGUACCCUCCCCAGGGAAGUGGUGGAUUCCCUGGCAUGGGACACCUUUAAGAUUUAGCCAGACAGGGUGCUGGGACCUUGUCUAGACUGUGUUUUGCCAGGAAAGGUGGGACCACAUGAUCCUUGCAGUCCCUUCCAACCUGGUAUUUUAUGAUUCUCUGAAAUUUGGUGGUAUUAAUUUUGAAGCAAGCUGUAUUGGUCAAGAAAGGCUGUAUUUUUUCUUUUCCAACAUUAUAUGCAGAUAAAUAAUUUUAGCGUGUGUAAAUAUUUGAAAUCGAUUGACCAUAGUUUCACUGUCAUAUGAGCAUAUGUGCAAUAGCGGGAAUGCGUUAUCAAAGAUAUAAAUCUGAUUUAAGAUUUUUUGCAGUUGUAAUGGUUGAAAAUCUUCGCACACUAGCAUUUUUGUACCUGUAAAAGAAAUAUAAUGUGAAAAUUGAUUUAAAUGCUGAAACUAUAAUUUGCACACAACUCGGGCACGGCUUCAAAUUGUAGCAUAUUCCUUUAAAAGAAGGGAAAUACAUAGCAUGACUGGAUAAUGGUAAACACUUUUAAUGUCCCAAAUACCCUGGUUGCAUUAUGUAUCUGUUUUUAAGGUGCCUGUGUUUUGCAGUAACUUGUUGCAAAAAGAACAAUGCUUAGUCAUUUGAAUGCCAUUCAAAAAUGCCAAUUACUAACAGUGUAAAAAAAACUUCACAUGAAUUUCAUUGGUGUAGAUUUAUUUUUAAAGUGUAGUUAGUUGAAAGAAUUCUGAACUGUAAUCAUAAGGUAAAAGAUGUGAUCAAAUUCAUUAUAUCUUUGGAAAUUUGCUUUAUUUAAAAUGUUGUAUUAUUGCAGCUUGUCUUAAGUCUUUACCACUUGGGGAUUUUCUUACAUUCUUACUGCGAAGUUAUGUUGAAAACUGAAAGAGAACAUGUUUUCAUUAUAAGUUCUUUAUCAUGCUUAAAAAACAGACAUCCCUUAAAACAGUUAGGAAUGAGUUCUUGCGAAAAGAAAUUUUUUAUGAAUGAGAUGUUCUACUGAUUUUUAAAAGUAGUCUUUGUUUCUGAAGUAAUUGUUAAUGGGGAUCUAACUACCUCUUGUGAUUUAGUAGAUCAUGUGUUCUAACAGUAGUGGUAUGUGUAAUAUAUUGGUUUGCCUGUUUUAAAACAUUUAAUUGUUAUUAUGAAGGAGAAAAAAUACUCUAUUUGUAUAGAAAUACUUAUAUUAAUAAAUUAGCAGACAUGAAGUAAUCGUCAGUUCCUUUUUUAGGUGAAUGCACUGAACGACAGCCAUGUCCACAUGUAUUCAAGGCAUAAUACAAUUUCCAGAUUACCUGUAAGAGGCACUUUCUUAGUUUUGGUAUUUUUUAUACUGUAAAAGCUUGAUCAAAAUCUUAGGGUGGUAUCAGGGACUCGUAGUUAAGAAAACGAGACUCUUUUUAUUCAGAUUGUUCUUUAGCAAUUUUAUGUUAGCACCUAUUUAAUUUAAUUUAGAUCUAUUCUGAAUUCAGCCUUACAUGAAGGGGAUUGUAUCUAUUCCUGGACUUUAAUCCACGUGAAUGUUCUUAGAUGUGAUAUUUCUAUUUUUAAAACUUGUGUCUCAUUUAAUUGCCAAAAAAUUUAUUUGUAAAAAAAAAAAUCUUUGGAUGAAAUAAGGUUCAGGUUCUUUGUUUAACUCUUGAAAAUGUCACUACAAAGGGAUCUAAUUCAGUGCUAAUUGAAAAAUUAUAGAAGGAAUGUUUGUUAUUCUGAGUUCUUGUGAAGUAUCCUUACCUAGCCCCUGCUGACUUCAGAGAAUUGGAUCAGGCUUUCUUGGGCUUGGUUUGUUUGGGGUUUUUUCCUCUCUCAGAAAUCAGUGGAAUGGCUAGAACCAGAAUUUUCAGUGGAAACUUGAUACGGAUUUUAUACAUGAAAGCUAACUAGUCCUCAGUGUAAGCCCUCUGUGCAGUUUUCAUUGGGAUACGGUAAUUUAUGGAGUUGACUGUGCAAGUUAAUGGCAGUGGGAUUUCAGUUGCUAACAGAAUGGCUGAGUUUAUUGAGGUGGGAAUCCAGUGACCUUUUUUUGAUGUUGCAGUGGAGUAAUGGAGUUAACCAACGGCUGCUUUGAGCUCUGAAAGUCUCUCAAGAGUUCUCUGGAUUGUGCUUGGAGAUUUCUGUGGUAAUGUGCUCCAAGGAUAUACUGGGUGUUUAAGUAAGGAGUUGAUAGUUGCUGACCAACAGUUACUCUUGCCCUAAUUAUAUGCAAUUUUUAGGCAAAUUAAUCUGAAGUAUGUUUAGAAAAUUAGUUAUGAGUUCCUAUGAGUAAAUUAGGAAGACUUCCAACAAAGAAAUAGAGAGUACAGCUGUAAAAGAACACUGUAGAAAUAAGGGAUAUGCCUGCACAGCAUUUGCUGUGUGCUUGGGCUACUUUUAAACUAGCUUGGUUACUGCUAGUACAAAUAAUGCAGAACAUGGGGGCUAUGUGCAACUUGAUGGGGCCCUGAGCAACCUGAUCUUGUUGAAAAUGUCCCUGCCCAUGGUUGGAACUAGAUAAUCUUUAAAGGUCCCUUCUAACCCAAACCCUUCUAUGAUUCUGUGAUGAUUCCCAGCCAGACUGUGGCAACUCUUGACAAAUUCUUCGCUACUAUAGCUCUAAUCCUAACAGCACCACAACUAAAAUAAUUUAAAACUAGCUUUGGUAUGUUUGGCAGUGAAUACACUGUAGGCUAAUAGUUCUCUUGCAUUGUAUUUGAUGUUCCAGAUUAGGUGAUUUAAAAUGUAACUGCCUUGCAAACUGUACUUUAGGGAGCUAAACAUGUUGGCAUAUAUGUUAUGUCAGUAUAUAGCUGUAUUUAUUUGCAGCUAAGGAAUGUCACAUCCUCUGUUUAUUAUUCCUCUUUUUGAAUUAUUGAGCAGUUAGGGUGUACUUACGUUUCAUCAGAAUUCAUUUGUGAGCACAAAAACCAAAACAAAACACCAAAAAGCCCACCAAAGUUAAGUGCAAGCACUUGAAUAUUUUCAUGUCAAAGAUUUAAACCCGUGAAAAGAAUCCAUGUGAGUUGUAAUGAACUUUGAAAUGUGGGAAUGAAAACAGUAGAUACUUCAAUACUGGGUCAGUGUUGGAUUUCGUAAAAAGUACAGAUAACAAAAAUCUCUAGUCAAAUUUACUGCUCCUACUGAAUUUGUAGUUCUUUCAGGCAUUUAAAGAUACAAAUAUCUGUAGUGGGAAAUGAGUCCUGUGCACUCUUCUUAAGAAAGGUGCAUCCCUUAGCUGUGAAGUGAGGGAGUCUUUGAGUGAAGGAUAUGCAAAUUCUAGUCUGUGCUAAUAGUGACACUUUGGGCAAAAUGUAAUAUAUUUUAUUAUUUAGGUAUGAUAGCAUGUUAAGAAACAAACUUUAUACUGCUGUAACUUACACUACUGGAAAAAGCAUGGUAUAUAAUCUGCCUUUAUUUUGCAAUCAAGCACUUGUAAAAUAGUCAUUAACAGUAUUAAUGAAAGUGGCAGAAAGCUGCUAUCAUUCAGUAUUUAUUCUUGCUAUUUAAAAACAUAACCAUGACAAUAAUUUUUAUAUAUGAAGUAUUUAAAAAGUGAUUAUUCUGAUUUUCUGUAAUUAUCAUGGGUUAUAUUUUGUUAAAUUCAUCUUCAGAUACUUUAAAUGUUACAGGAAAAAUACAAUAUUUUCUUCAAAUUUUCAUUAUUUCUGUAAUUACUUUCACUCUGGGGGGCAUUUACAAUACAAAUAGAGAUCCUUUAUGAAGGAAAACUUACUAUGGGGCUUCUUAAAGAAAACAGACCUAUAAUUACAGACAAAUACGUACAUCUUAAUUAUUAACAAACAUACUACUUAAGGUAUAUAUAUUGUCUCCAGCAAUUUUUCUUUAAAAUUCAGAAAACUAUUAAAUUCUCUUUCAGAGCAAUUUAUUUGUGAAUCUUGUAAACUUUCUGCAACUUUUACAUUCCUCUUCCCUCAUAGGCUCUGCAGGAGUAUGUACUUCUUUAUGGCAGUUCUGUAAUACUAGCUGUGCCUCAAAUUAAGUAGUCUAAUCUGAAGCUGAGACACUCCUACACCAUUUGAUUACAUUUACAGAAACUCAGCAUUGCUAGCAAAAAAGCACCUUGAACUAGAUCCCUUUCUAAUACAUUAAAUGCUGUCAUUGACUAUGUUGAUUAUAUUUGGCAUCUUCCAUUUCAGUCAUACAGUAAACCCAAUCAGGUUUAUUCUUUCUUCUAUUAAAAGGCACUGGAAUGUCUUCCUCAGCUUGCUUUUGUGUGAGUAUGUGUUUUUCAGUUGUAAUUGACAGGCAAUAAUAAUAUGGAACUUCAGUUAUUUCUUAAGGAUAAUGUUAUAUUUGACAUAUUCCUGUGAGUUAUAAGUUUCAGACUGACAGCUUAGUUACCACUGUAGAAACUUAAGUAUUUUUUAUAGAAAUAGCUUAUAUUUCUGUAGGGGUGUCUGGAAGACAAGGGAGUUCCUUUGUAAACAUAGGUUUAGUGAUAAAAGAUACUCAUUCUCCAGUGUGUGUUAAUAUAGGCUGUAGGAGUGCAGUUUAUGGAUAGACUAUCUUCAUUUGCCUUAUGAUACACGUAUGUAUGCAUAACACCUUGUUUUGAAAUUCAAGUUAUAAUUUUUUCUCUGUAGUCUUCUAAAUUAUGGUUGUACUGGAUACAUUUUUGCAAUGUGUGUUAAAAUAUCUAGUCAAAGAGUUGGCAUGAAAUAAAUAAUUUCUGCAA